GUUGGCGUGUACAGUUGUGCAUGGUGUUGAGCCACUGAGGUGGAAAUUAAGCGGACAAGACAUAAGUAGGACUCACUUGUCAGCUACUUCUCAGCCUGGUACCAUUCCAUGCUUUUUCUGAACACAGACGCUGAUUUACUGCCUCUCUUUUUCGAACACAUCUGGCCUCGUCGAGCUUUGAUUCCUCUACCGAGAGUCUAAAACUAGCGGCGGACGCUACUGCUACGAGCACUCGACCUACCUAACCAUGGGACCAUCCGACCCAGGGGCCAAGAACCUCCACCUGUCGAUAAUCGACCAGACAAUGUUCCGGUCUUACGUCCGGAUUGUCAUGAUCUUUCCUUUCCCACACGCCGAUAAGCGGCUGAAUGCCACAGGAGCCUUGAAGAGGGGGCUACAAGCAACCAUCACUCACUGGCCGUACUUGGCGGGAACCACUGGGCCAGUCGAUGAGGACACGAACACGUUCUCGCUCAACUACUCCGACAAUGUCCGCCCUGUUGGGGAGUCCGGAGUAUUUGCUGCUAGCUACUUGGAUGACCCUCAACUGUCAUAUAAAAGACUCGGGGAACAGGGCUUCUCGCCGAGCAUGAUCCGCGUCGAAGAUUGGGUGCCCGCGUUACUGCGAAGUAAGAAGGGGAUAGAGUCGCCGGUUGCUGAAGGGCGUCUAGGAAUGACACAGCCCAUCCCUGUGCUCGCUAUGCAGGCUUUCUUCAUCGAUGGGGGCCUUGUACUUAGCUUCUACAGCCACCAUGGUGUCAUAGAUGGUGGCGGCUUCUCUGCGUUCGCUACCAGGCUGGCGGGAAACAUUCGGCUUGAGAAGGAAUCUGAUGCUCCAGACACCGACAACCCCUCCGCAAGCCGUCUCGCCAUCGACACCCGCAUAGAAAGAGUCCCCCCCUCCGUCCCCAGCGUCAACUCCGGAAGCACCGAAGUCAGCUCCCCCACCCCCUCCUCCCCGCUCGACUCUCACCCCAUACCCGACUGCACACCGCGGCUCUUCACCUUCUCACGCACAAGGCUCGCAGAGCUUCGCGAGGAGCUUCGCCAACACGUCGAUAACCCCGAAACUCUCACAAUCUUCCAGACUCUCGCGGGCCUCAUCUGGACGCACUUCACCCGCGCCCGCAAGCCCCGCGUGGAGCCAGCCUCGAUAACCCAGUGCGCUGUUGCUGUGAAUCUGCGCUCUAGGCUCUGCCCGCCGCUGGAUGAGAACUUCAUUGGGAAUGCGUCGACGAUUAUCGCGGCGCCAUUGGUUGCGGGAGUGUUGUUGGAAGGGGAGAAGGUCUCCAACCACACCAUCAGCAUCGCCGCCGCCGCCGUCCGCGCGAAAAUCGAGUCGAUGAGCCCCGACGCAAGCCUGGCGCACCUCGCGCGUCUGAGAUCGGCGACGUGCCCAGACGAUCUUUACGAGUUUAAUUAUCCCCAAGACGUGUUUAUCACGAGCUGGGCGUCGUUUGAUUUCGGGGGCCUGGUCGCGGACUGGGGUAUUCCUGGGGCUGGAACGGAGGGGGUAGAUGGUGGGCGUGUGACAGUGCGCAAGCCAUUUAGCAACCAGGAUAGGUCGGUGCUGUUGUAUCCUAGGCCAAUGGACGAGACAUCGCCGUAUGAGGUGCUGGUGCAGUUAAGGAAGGACGAUAUGGACCGGUUGAUAAAUGAGGACGGGGGCUUGACGAUGUGGGCGGAGAGGUUUGUUGAGUGAGAAGGGAUUUUGAGCAGAAGGGGGUUCUUAGUUGAAAAGCGGCGAGGGAAACAAAAAGCGUGAAGGAGUAAGGGAAAUGGUUCGAAGGCAUGAAUUGGGCUUGACUUUGGCUUUGUAGAUGUUUUCGCGACUUAGGUUUCGGUAAGACUUCAUUCUGGCAGAGGAGUACAAGGGAUUGAUACCCUUGAUUACGUGGGAAUGAGAUGUUUUCUUGGUAAUUGACUGGAGUUGAGGAUGAGGUGGUGCUGGCGGCCUUACGGCGAUACCAGGCUACCAUUUACCUUUUGUGAUCGCUGCUGGCAGCUUUCCCUGCUGUUAAACCCUCAUACAUAAGUUUUCAAGACCAUUUAGGUUUGAGAUCCAGCCA